UGCCCAACAAGCCUUUCAAUCGCCGUGUCCACGCUGAACACUGACACCUGCGAACAGCCGAUGAUGGUGAUUGAGGAGCUAAUCUUAUUCGUAUACCGGGAGGCUGGCGUCGCAGAGAUUCGAGCUCUGAGAACGUUCGUCAGUAAAAGCCAUGGGGUCAAGGAUUGGGACAAGGGCCGUCGCCGGCAGUAAGCGAGAGGAUCGGGAUAUGGCCCAGAUCCCCGGAUAUCAUGAGUUCUCUGGAGAGUUCGAAGACCCUCCGACAGGACACCUCGUCACUUCCCCGAGCCCUGAACCCAGCAAUUCCGUCGAGCCCUGAGAAAGGCCGGUUUCCAAACGCCGAUUUACAAACACCGACUUCGCAAUUACGGAUGAGGGGAUGGGCCAACCCAUGUACGGAUCUCCGAUACUGGAUGUCAGUCGUGAGCCUAGGAAGACUAGCGCUGGAAGAUCGAGCAGAAGAGUUGGAAUGU